AUGGCCAUUGCGCAAAGGCUUCUCAUCAGUAUGUCCUACGAGGCCAACACGCACUGGACGUUGACUGCGAUUGUUCUCCUGGGAUUCCUAGUUGGGAUUGUGUCAUCAUACCCAGUUCCAAGUAGGACUAACGCAACUUCACUGGAAAAAACAUGGGAAAGCCUAUUUUCUCGGUCCAUACUGGGUAUCUCAGGGGAGAAAUCGGACCUGAACUGGGAGAGUGACUAUUUGCUGGGCAUCAAAAGAGUGCGGAGGCUGUACUGCAACGUGGGCAUCGGGUUUCACCUUCAGAUCCUCCCAGACGGCAGGAUAAACGGUGCACAUAAUGAGAACCAAUACAGUUUGAUAGAGAUUUCCACGGUGGAGCGAGGAGUGGUUAGCCUGUACGGUGUGAAAAGUGAGCUGUUUUUUGCAAUGAAUAGCAAAGGCAGGUUAUACGGAACGGCCAUCUUUCGGGAUGAGUGCAAGUUCAAGGAGAUCCUGCUGCCAAACAACUAUAACGCCUAUGAGUCCUCCGUUUACAGGGGCUGGUACAUUGCCCUCAGUAAGCAUGGCCGUGUGAAACGGGGCAACAAGGUCACUACGGCCAUGACUGUCACACACUUUCUCCCCCGAAUAUGA